AUGGACGCCGACACCAUCUUUGGCUACGUCGCCGCGUCAUUGAUCGCGUUCGGUGGCGCGAUCGGUUACCUCAAACGAGGCAGCUUCGCUUCCCUCGUUUCGGGAGGAGGUUCGGGCGCUUUGCUUCUUUGGGGCGUGUACCAACAGACCAAGCACAGGAGACAGGUUGGGUUGAUUGUCGGGGUCAGCUUGGUGUUGCUCGGGAUGAUGGGGCCCAAGGCGUUGAGGUCGGGCAAGUUCAUGCCUUCGGGCUUGGUGACGGUACGUUCAGCACGCGGUCUGGUGCGACUAUGUGGUCGGUUCUGUACUGAUAGGAUUCUACUUUGGAUCGGUGUAGUUGCUGAGCGUGGGUUUGCUGGUGCGAUUCGGAAUGAGGUUGCUGUAA